GUGAUAACAAUAUGGGACUCGCUGUUCACAUCAGCUGAACGUUUGGCUCUUCUACAGUGGAUUUGUUUAGCGAUGCUGGAACGAAAACGUGACAUACUGAUGAAUAGCGAUUUCAGCACUGCAUUGAGAUUGCUUCAGUGUCUCGGUAUUUGUUCAUUCAAUCGUUUAUCCGAUAAAAUGUUUCCGUAUUGUGAAAUUUCGAAUGACUAA